UUAAGCAAGGCACAGUGGAGUCUUAGCUCCGAGCUCUGCAAAAGGGCUGAGCCGAGGGAGGAGGGAAGGGGAGGCAGCCAGCCAAGACACAACUCAGGUCAGAUGCGUCCCUCUUCCAGCUAGCUGGAGACAGAAGUCAGAACUCCCUUUCUGACUUCUGGCUCUUCGGGAGUCCCACUGCACCAUGGCCUGGCUGCUCUGGUUGGGGUGCAGCCUUCUGGUGGUUUCUGCACAGCAAGAUCCUGAACUCUUAGCCCGGGAUUUGGAAGAGGCCGGGAUUACGGAUUAUAACCUUAUUGACAAUGUUGCACGGAGGGUCCCAAGACAAACGCGGUUUCUGCAGAGAUUGGAGACCCGACCACGUAUGUCCGAAUUCUCAGUGAAAGCCACAAUAAUUUCUCGAUACGCAUUUACCACAGUCUCCUGCACUUUGGUGAACACCGGCUCGGAGGCUCGCGAAGGCGCCUUUGAGAUGCAAAUACCCGUCACGGCCUUCGUCUCUAAUUUUACCAUGAUUAUUGGUGGCAAGGUUUAUUAUGGAGAAGUCAUUGGUAAAGACUGGUUGCGUGCAGAUCAAGAAACUUAUUCAAGACCCAGAGAUGACAGCAGAGAAAACCAAAUGGAGACGUUCAAAGCCUCUGGAUUAAUCCCCCGGAAGGUAGAAGCCACCUUCAUCCUGCAUUAUGAGGAGCUCCUACGGAGACGGUUGGGGAAGUAUCACUACACGGUCAGCAUCAGACCCCAGCAGCUGGUGGGCAAAUUACGUGUGGAGGUCAACAUCCUCGAGAAUUCAGGAAUUAAUUCUUUGGAAGUUCUGCCGCUCCAGAAUAACCAAGGCAAGGGAGCAGGGAGCACCGAAGAUCAAUCCAGUCCACCCCCUUCAACUGAAAUUGGCCAGACAAAGACCUUGGCUAAAGUUACCUUCAAUCCCAACUUGGUCCAGCAAGCCAAGAUCGCGAGGAAUGGCGUUUUGGGAGAUUUUAUCAUCAGAUAUGAUGUCAACAGAGAAUUGAGUGUUGGGGAAGUCCAGGUUUUGGAUGGCUACUUCGUGCACUAUUUUGCCCCCAAAGAUCUCCCUCCCCUGCCAAAGAACAUUGUCUUUGUCCUCGACAGAAGCGCAUCCAUGAUGGGCACCAAAAUGAAGCAGACCAGAGAAGCCCUGUUCACCAUCCUCCAUGACCUCCGGCCUGGAGACCAUUUCAACAUUAUUGGCUUCUCCAAUGAAAUCAAGGUCUGGAAAGAAGAGCAGUUGGUACCUGUGACUCCUGAAAAUAUACGAGAUGCCAUCUUCCACAUCCAUCUCGUACCACCUAAUGAAGGCACCAACAUCAACGAUGCUCUUCAGACCAGCGCAAAACUCCUGAACGAUUACAUCACCCAGAACGAAGCGGAAUCGCGAAGCGCCUCCCUCCUGGUGUUUGUGACCGACGGUCGGGCCACGAUGGGCGAGGUCCAGACGAGCAAGAUCCUCCGCAACCUCAAGGAAGCCAUUCGCAACCGGUUCUGCGUCUUCACGAUCGGCAUUGGGAACGACGUCGACCAACACUUGCUGGAGAGGUUGGCCUUGGAGAACUGCGGGAUGAUGAGGUUGAUCCGGGAGAAUGAAGACGCCGCAACACACUUUAAAGGAUUCUACGAUGAGAUCGGUACCCCGCUUCUGUCGGACAUCCGGGUCGAUUAUCCUGUGGACAGCGUGGAGAAAGUGACUCAGAAUUUCUUCCCCAACUACUUCAACGGUUCCGAGAUUGUCAUCGCUGGGAAACUCUACAACAAGACUGCCCACAGCUUACACGUAGAAGUGACCGCCAGCAACAGCGACAAGCACGUCCUGCUGAAAACCGACGUAGCCGUCGAUCUCUCGGGCCACAACCUCCUCGAGGCGAGUUUCGUCGGACCGCCGAACUCCUCAACCGAUCAAAACUAUGUCGAGCGGGCCUGGAGUUACCUCACCAUCAAGGAAUUGUUGGCCUCCUGGUUGAAGAGUGACAACAGCAAGGAGAAGGUCUCUUUGAGGGAAAGGGCCAAGAACUUGGCCCUUGCUUACAAUUUUGUCAUGCCCUUCACCGCCCUGAAGAUGAAGACCCUUCCAUUUCAAGUGGAACCCCCAAUGGAGGUCCAUGCUGGUCCUUCAACCGAAGGCGUUGGAGAAAUCGUGCAGGGCCUUCAAGGCCACCAGGUGCCCUCAGGCCCUACUCCUGAAAAAUCAGAGGAGCCAAAAAUCAAUGUAACUAAAACUUCAGCGGAUGGGGACCCUCAUUUUGUCGUCGAUUUGCCGCGGAACAAGCUGACCGUCUGCUUCAAUAUCGAUGGGCAACCCGGCGAUAUCCUGAGAUUAGUUUCGGAUCACAAGCACUCAGGAGUGACCGUCAACGGUCAGUUAAUCGGGGCACCUGCCCCACGGAGCGGUCAUAAGAAACAGCGGACGUACUUCAAGAGCAUCACGAUUCUCAGCAACAAACCAAAAAGAUCCUACCUCGAAAUUUCUCCCGCCAAGGUCAUCUUGGAUGAUGAGAAGAGACUGGUCUUUCCCUGCGACCGCGACGCCGUGGUGGUGGGCAAGAAUCUCCACGUAUCCAUCAUGGCCCAUGCCAACGUGACUGUGGUCCUACAGGAGUCCAUCAGUUUUGUCAUUCUGAUCCACCACUACAAGAACCCCGCUCGCUAUCAGAAGAACCAUUUGGGUUUCUACAUCUCUAACGGUCAAGGACUUUCAACAGCCUCCCAUGGGCUGAUAGGCCAAUUCUUGCACCAAGACGUUCAGCUGUUGACUGAGCCCUUCUCAGAAAAGUGUAGCCCGGACGACUGCCAGGAAAUCAAGUCUGGGAACUCGAACUCGGAGCACGCCCUCAAGUUGAAAGGGCGCUUGGUGCCCGUGGUGUGGAAGCAGAGAAAGAUCUACAAUGGCAAACAGGAAGUGGAUUGCUGGUUUGCCAAACACAACGCCGAGAAACUAAUCGAUGGGGACUACCAAGACUACUUGGCCUCUCAUCCCUUUGACACAGGGACUAGCAACUUGGUGGAAAACAGACUUUGAAGAGAGGAGAAAGUCCCUUGCUCUCCUCCGAGAAGAAUUUGUUCUUGCUCUCAAGGGAACUUUUGCGUUUUAAUUAGGCUUCGUUGUGCUGAAGGAACACACUUUAAUACAGGUAGUCCUCGACUUACGACCAUAAUUGAGCCCAAAUCUCUGUCGUUAAGGGAUUUUUGCCUUGUUUUAUCACCUUUCUUGCCACAGUUGUUAAAUAAAUCAGUGCAGUUGUUAAGUUACUAACACAGCCGUUAAGUGAAUCUGGCUUCCCCAUAAAUUUUGCUUGCCAGAAGGUCUCAAAAGGGGAUCACAUGACUCCAGGACGCUGCCACCGUCGCAAAUGCGAGUCGGUGUCCCAGGGUCUGCUUUUUUUGAUCAUGUGACCACGGGGGGAUGCUGCAAUGGUCGUCAGUGUGAAACACAGUCAUAAGUCACUUUUUUCAGUCGUGCUGUAACUUCAAACCGGUCACUAAGUGAAUCGUCGUAAGUGGAGGACUCCCUGCAUUUCUCUUAGCCUCGACUUAACGACCACAAUUGAGCUCAACAUUUCCGUUGGUAAUGAGAGUUAAAUGAGUUUUAGCAAAUUUUACCACCUGUCUUGCCGCAGUCGUUAAGUGAUUCACUGCAGUUGUUAAAUUAGUAACCCGGUUGUUAAGUGAAUCCGGCUCCCACAUUGAUUUUGCUUGCCAGAAGCUCACAAAAGGGGAUCAUAAUUAGCCCGGGAGUCAGCAACGGUCGUAAAUAUGACCCAGUUGCCAAGCGUCUGAAUUUUGAUCAGUUGAUCGUGGGGAUGCUUGCACAGGUCGUAACUACGAAAAACGGUCAUAAAACCACAUUUUUUCAGUGCCGUCGUAACUUUGAACGGUCACUAAACGAACUGUUGAAAGUCAAGGACCACCUGUAGUUCUUCAUUUGUAAGCAGCUGCUUGAUGUUUGGUUAACCAAGGACUUCAUCGUAAGCGGCUGUAGCAAAAUCUAAUGUCUGAUUAUUAUCUAGUUAAGAAAUUGUUCUUGAAAAGUCACUCCUCAGUUGGAACAGCUUCGUAAAAGUUGCACACAACCGUUUUUUAUUUUAUUUUUUUUGUAUUUGCACUGUUUGUGUAGUGUGCGAGCGAGUGCUCCCAGCAGGUGGGAAAUUAUGCUCAGAUAUUAAAUGGCAAUCAAACAAUGAAGCCAUUUUAAUUUCAAUUGAGACCGUUAAGAAUGUAAAUAUCUCCUCUGUUUGUACUGUAAAUACUGUUGUACUGUAAAUUUGCUAAGCAGUGUUGGAAUCGGGGCAACAAGCUUGUGUUUCCAUUCGCGCAACCUGCUAAACUCGGUUAGCAUUCUGUGGCUUAGCCUGUUAUGCAAACUCAGUUACACAGCGCCUACGUUGUAAUGUAACGCAGCUGGAUGGGUAUGGAUGGAUACCACACAUACGCUCACAAAUUUAACAGUUGGCAAAAAGUAGCUGCCUUAAUAUAGGAGGUAAAAAAAUUUAAAAUAGGGUGGUAUUUUAAAAAUAAAAAUAGGAUUUCUUUUUA